GAUAUGUUACCAUUUUCCACCUGCUAUCCUGGAUUUUCAUUUUCCUCAGCUCCUUCAUCAAGUGUAUUGCCGCAAAUAGAUCCUCAUAAUCCACCUAUACCAACAACAGAACACCAUCUAAAUAUAGACUCGAGAUUUGCUAACAAGACAUACGGAGAAGUUCUAAAAAUGUAUCAAACUUCUUUUAAAAAGAAGUCAAAUCUUAGUAAUGAGCUAUUGUUGAGGUGUUCAGAUUUGCUUUCAGAUAGUCCAAAAUCAGCAUCUCAUCAUUACAAAGAGGACUCCUUAAUAUCACCCAUUGAUAACAAUCAAUCAACUGCAAGUGUUGGAAACAAAAAAUCUGCAAAUCAAACAACAGCAUCAAGGAGGAAAAGAGCUGAAAAACCUUGGGUAACUGAUGAAUUAUUGGAGAAAAUCGUACAUAAUCGUGACCUUUAUGAUAAAUGGUUCAAAGUGAGAAAAAAAUUGUGCUCCUAUGAUGAAACUGACGCUAAGGGAGGAAAAUGCCCUUGUAUGACAUGCACUGAAAAGCGGACUCGUUAUACUACAUACAAUCAACACAAACUAAAACUAACUAAAGCAAAGUAUAAUGCUAAACUUGAAUACUAUGGCGUGGAUCCUAAAAAGAAAAGUGAACUCACCAAUUCAGCUCUUGUAGAUAGCAUCUUCCCAUCUGUCCCGUCUUUCAAUGAUUUUGAUCAAACGAAAAAUAAAAGUUCAACUGACAACAUCUCUGGCCUUGAUAUUGCGCCUUCUACUGAUGCUGUUCCUCAAAGUUCUUAUCCACAAGCACACAACGAUAAACCUACAUUAUCAUCAGCUAAUAAUUCAGGAGGAACAACAGCCACUAAAUCCCCCUUGUCAACACCAAUGGCUUUGGAAACCUCAAAGAAACAAUUUAACCCUGUUUCUGAACGAGAUUUUGGUCUGCAACUACGCUGUGGAAACUACUAUACUGUUGGUACUGAUAUUCCAUCAAAUCCUGAAGAAAAAGCUGUAAUUAUAACCAAUCUACGGUACGAUUUCAACCACCAACAAUCACUGAUGAAUGUAGUUAAAAAGUUCGGUCCAGUAGAGAAAUUACAUUAUCGUUUUAUGAAAAUGAGGCACAUAGCUUUGGUGGAAUACAAAGAUCAUAAAAGUGCGUUGAGAUUUAUGAUGGCCCCUGGCAACCUCUCCAUAAAGCAGCCAAGCACCCGAAAAUUCUGGCGACUGAUUUUACCAGUACCAGAUAAUGAUGCUGGUUUCGCUGCUGUUCAAGCUCAUUUGACACAGCCCCCAGCUCAAGCAAGGGUCUCAGUAAAAAGAAACAAUUUGACACAGCCUCCAGCUUUGACACAGCCCCAAAUUCCAUCCAGGGGCUUAGUGAAAAGAAACAAUGUUCCCAGGACAAUUCCUUCCACUUCUAGCACAAAGUCACAAAUGCAAGGGAGUCAUAACAAUUUUGAGAUGCAUGUUCCUGCAGUUGUUCCAAGUCUUGAGGAAACUGGAUCCAGAAACUCAACUGCUAGGACUCUGUCAUUUGCUCCAAAAAGAAAACCAAUGCUUAAACUAAGCUCUAAACCUAAAAGUUUUGAUCCAGUCAGUACCAAUGAUAUAGAAAUAAUUGAUUUAGAGGCAGUCAGCCAAGAUUCAGUUCAUGAUGAAUACGUCAUUGUGAUAAAACCAAUUGUAAUAAUCGACGAUGAAACAGUUCAUCCGAUGAAAAAAUCCGACGAAGCUAGUGCAGAGAAGAAAAAGGAGGAGCAACAUCUAUCAGCACAGCUUCUUUACAUUCUAUGGAGACUGGAUUAGGUGUCAUCACAGUUGUUUCACAGCAUGACGCAAUAAAUGUUGACACUUGCACUGGUGCUUCACAGCUUAAAAUGAAUGUUAACACAGUUGCUUCACAGCAUGUAAUGAAUGUUAACACUGGUACAUCACAACACAUGGAUGUCACCACGCCCUUUUUCACACCAGCAGGAUUAAGACUUAUACCCCACAGCUUCAAGAUACUGCCUCCCCCAAAUAGUGGUAUGGAAUAUAUUAUAACAGGAUCAUUAAGACCUACUGUGGGAUUGCAUAGAAAUCUUGUAUUACGAGGUAUUCCUUAUGAGUUAAACAUAGAGUCAAAUCUAAGAUUGCUUACUUCAUUUGGUCAAUGCAAGAUAAUCCCACGAUAUUUGGGCCUUCGGACAACUGCCUAUGUGAUGUACUGCAAUAAUAUUGAUCCUAUCAACUGCUUUAAUGGAGCUUAUAAAGUAUUGAAUCUUGAGUAUCUCAAAGUAUUUUGGAUGGAUAAGCUUCCUCUUCCUGAUCCCACUUCUCGGACCUGUAUUAAUGAAGAUACUGAUGGAGUCGAAUUGGAGUGUGCUCCAGGUGAUCUACAAACAAGGAAGAUACAGUUCAAAGCUCUCAGACAAAAAAUUCUUGCCUAUAAAACACAUAGAAAGGAACAUGCCAGAGAGAAAAUUGACAAGAGUUUCCGUUGGAAACCUUCUGGUAUCGUUAAAGCUAAACUUAUGAUGAAGAGUCAGACGCUUAUGUCAAAUAACAUCAACAUUCAGAAAGUGUUACUCACCCGGCUGGAGUCAUGUAAGAACGCUAAUACUAGAGAGCGCCUGAUGGCCAUGCUGAAGAAGCUUGAAAAGACUCAUCUUGAUCUUGUAACUACAGUCAAUUUUAAUGUUCUGAAUACUACAUCUGAGCCUGGUGACCUGUCAGUAGAACAACCACCACAGCUAGGACCGCAACCAGAACCACAGCCUGUUCCAACCCCAUCUCAACUGCCAGUUCCCACUUCUUCAAAUCCCAUUCCCAGAAACAUAAAGAUAGUCAACUUUUCUGAUCAAAAUGUCCUGCAAAACCAUUUCAUUAAGUUUGGAAAAUGCACUGUGGUCAGCUAUGUUGUGAAUAAUUCGAAUUUUAUUCUUUGUAAGUUUGAGGAAAGUAAAGAAGCAGUCUUAGCCUUUGAAAAAGGACGAGAAUUGGUUUGGUACGAGUGGGGAAAUAAAAAAGAUAUGACCCUGGAUCUGGAAUGGGGUGAUGAACAGACAGUAGAAUCACAACCUGUUCCAACCCAAUCUAAACCAAAUGAUUUCGUUCCUUCAAACCCCUAUCCCAAAAACAUAAAAAUAGUAAACUUUUCUGAUCAAGAUGUCCUGCAAAACCAUUUCCAUAAGUUUGGAAAAUGUACUGUGGUCAGCUAUGUGGUAGAAAAAUCGACGGUGAUUCUGUGUAAGUUUGACAAGAGGAAAGAAGCAGUCUUAGCUUUUAUAAGAGGACGUGAAAUGGUUUGGUCGGAGUGGGGGAAUAAAAAAGAGAUGACCCUUGAACUGGAAUGGGAUUUAAGUGCACCUGUUGAAUGAAUAUUCCAUUGAACAAUGAACAGUCUAGUUUGGAAGAGACUGUCAGUGAUUCUAGCAAAUGAACUGUAAGACUAGAAUUUGUUGUAAUCGAUUUGUUUUUGAAUUUUAUUAUAGUGUUUUUAAAUGUAAUGAUUUAUCAUAGAACAAUUAUGGAAAUUACAAUUAUUGCGUGCACUAUUAAAUUAUUUAAUAAAAUGUUUACCAUCCUUCUUCUAAAAAAUGCAGGUAACAGAAAUAACCUAGUUUAUCUAAUUAUUGUAGAUAUAAUUAUGCACGGAAAUAUUUUGAUUUACCUUAGUUUUCAAUUAAACGCUAAGUUCAAAUUAGCAUCCAUGUAUCCAUGGCUACUACUUCCUCGUUAUUUAGUUAUUUGUUUGAAAUGUUUAAAAC